CAAUAGAGAAGCAGGCCAGGCUGCUAGGCGGCGAUACCGGCCACUUCUCAAUGAUUAGGUAUGCUACUCGAUAGCCAGCCCAUGAAUAUUCCAAUCUGAUCACUGACUGUUCACAGAGCCCUCCACCUUGCUGAUUUCAUCACCGAACUCAAUGGUACAGUUCUCUCCCCGCCCAGCUCUUCACGCGAUCUUAACCCGCACUAGGCUUCUGUGGCGUCAUGUCCAUCUUCUCCUCCCUCCGCUACUGUCUCUCCGAAUCCGCCGGCACCACCACCCCCGCCUCCGCCACUGACCUCUGGCUCGCCGUCUCCCUCCCCGCCCUCGGCCUCUUCUUCGACUUCCUCGACGGCCGCGUCGCGCGCUGGCGGAAGAAAUCCUCGCUGAUGGGCCAGGAGCUCGACUCGCUCGCCGACCUCAUCUCCUUCGGCGUCGCGCCCGCCAUGCUCGCCUUCACGAUCGGGAUGCGCUCGUGCGUCGAUCAGCUGCUGCUGACGGUUUAUAUUUUGUGCGGGCUGACGCGGCUGGCGCGGUUUAACGUGACGGCGACGGCGUUGCCGAAGGAUGCGAGUGGGAAGAGCAAGUAUUUUGAGGGGACGCCGAUUCCGACGUCGUUGAUGGAGGUGAGCAUCAUGGCGUUUUGGGUCUCGAAGGGUUGGAUUAUGGAGAAGUUGCCCGGAGGGGCGUUUGGUGAGGGACAGUGGUGGGAGUUCCAUGUCCUGGCUGGGGUGUUUGUGAUCCAUGGGUGCUUGAUGUGCAGUAAGACUCUACACGUACCUAAGCCCUAGUCGCAUCCAGUGAAUUUAGGCUGUUGGAUUAAAAGAGAGCGGAUACCUGGCUUCAUAGCUUGGUUAUGAUCGAAAGCUUCACACUACCCUUACGAGUCGGAAGAUUGGCAUUAGAGAAAUGCGGUCUAAGGGUUAUCCUCCUGGAUAUGCAACGAAGGGACAUUUAAAGGAAGCAAGCAUGUUCAUCAAUAGAAUUGUAGCACACUAAGCUUCGGCACCCUAGCCUAUUUACGUAGCACAAGCACAUUCACAAUAGUAAUAGACUGCGCGGCAUACGUGAGAGAAGGAAGAUGAUAAUACAAUUAAGAAGCCACCUUUAAGAU